AUGAAAUCCGUGACCUCCCCGCGAAAUUUUUCUCUUAAUUUACAGUUUGCUGAUUUAAUUACAUACCCCUUUACUUACGGUCUUUUUGACGCUACACGGACACAUAACUCCAAAACGCUUGGAAUUAGAACACCAACCAAAUCGACACGGACUGAAAAGUCACCUCCUAAAACAGGAAGUGAAACUUCAAAAGUAAGACGUAGCAUAGAUGACUGGGAAGCUAACAUUGAUUCCACCCCAUCCAUGACUAGCACGACGAUGCAGGCGGGUACUGCUAAAACAAAACAAACGGUAUCGGCGUCACAAAACAGUAAAAUUACGCAUAAAGUGUCUGUAGAAGUACACACUCCGCCAAAACAGCAAUAUGAAAAUCGAACAAUGGAAGCAAAGGCUUGUUUAACAAAAGGUAAGUUCCAUUUGAAUGCCUCUCGAAAUACAAAAACAGAGAUAAAAAAUAGCAUUGUAGAAGCACUAGAUCGGUUAUAUCAGCUUGUUAAAGAAGCUGAAAUAGAGCUAAAGGCGAAAAAGUCAAAAGGAGAAAAGGAAAAGAGUGAAAAGGUGGAGCUGGAAACUGCAAUCAUUGACUCUACCUUCUCAGUCGUAGAUUCAGACCUAAAAACAAGGAUUGAAGAGCACGCAAUAUUGCUGUUAGAAACAAAUAAAAAAGAUGGAAGAGUUGAAAGAAUCGAUGGAAAAGCAAAGAGGAACCCUAGAGCGAGUGACAGUGCCAACAUACGCAAAUGUUACUGCAGACAAAAUCAUAAAAACUUUCCCAAAACGUAG